CUUUCCUCCUCACUUUCCAUUCACCCUGAAACCACAAACAACUAACUAACUAGUAACCUCUCUCUCUCUCUCUCCCUCCCUUUUGCAAUGGCUGGAAUUGUUCUGCUUUGCAUUGCAUCAUUACUGGCGUCUCUCUUUGUUGCAACCACUGCCAGGAUCCCCGGCGUUUACGCGGGUGGCCCCUGGCAGUCUGCUCAUGCCACUUUCUAUGGUGGCAGUGAUGCCUCUGGAACUAUGGGAGGUUCUUGCGGUUACGGCAACUUGUACAGCCAAGGGUACGGAGUGAACACAGCAGCACUGAGCACAGCACUAUACAACGAUGGCUUCAGCUGCGGCGCGUGCUUCGAGAUCAAGUGCGACCAAGAUCCCCGUUGGUGCAACCCCGGCAAUCCUUCCAUACUAAUAACCGCCACAAACUUUUGCCCACCAAAUUUUGCUCUUCCCAGUGAUAAUGGCGGUUGGUGUAACCCGCCGAGGCCGCACUUCGAUCUUGCCAUGCCAAUGUUCCUCAAGAUCGCUCAAUACCGCGCGGGAAUCGUUCCGGUUGCUUACCGCCGGGUGCCAUGUAGAAAAACAGGAGGUAUUAGAUUCACAAUCAAUGGCUUCCGUUACUUCAACCUGGUUCUGAUCACCAAUGUUGCGGGUGCUGGGGAUAUCGUGCGCGCGAGUGUGAAAGGUACCAAUACUGCGUGGGCAAGCAUGAGCCACAACUGGGGGCAAAAUUGGCAAUCCAAUGCCGUUUUAGUGGGCCAGGCUCUCUCCUUUAGAGUCACCGGCAGUGACAAGCGCACCUCAACCUCAUGGAAUGUGGCACCACCUAAUUGGCAGUUUGGACAAACCUUCACGGGCAAGAAUUUCCGCGUCUAAAAUUGAUAAAAAAAAGUUCAACACUAGAAAAAAUUGAAAUGAUAUGGCUCCUCUUUGUAUUUUUUGGGCUUUG